AUGGGAGCAUCCAUACACUGGAAGAAUCACCCGAAACGAGAUGCUCGCCUCCUUGACUGGAUCGACAAGAACGACCGAGCAGCCCAAGAUAUUUUGUCCCUCGACAAGGAUCUGCAGAUACGGAAAGAAGUGGCGAAGGAUCCUAAAGGGUUUGGAAUCUUAGUGCUUGUUCAUUUCAAUAGCUUGAAAGCCAACUAUCAGAAGGUCAACAAAGCGAUCGGCGCGACCGCCGCUCGACUUCCUUUCGAAGAGAUAGAUACCGAAAGCAGGGCGUAUAAAACUCUCUUUAUGAUGCUGCAACGUUUUCCUAUGUGGAAGCGACUCCAUGUCCACUGGUGA